UCCCGCAUUCUACGAGUACAGUACUAUCGUGAUCGUGUUUGCCUCCACCGGAACAGCACAAACAAUCUUGCGGGUGACUGUGAGAGAGGCCAAUUUUUGUCACUCACUUCUCCCUCAUUCCAUCUCCCAAAGGGUUCGGAUAAAUAUUUAACUCGCUGGCUGCUGCCUUCAACCACAUCGACUCCCUAAGCAACCGCUCAUCUACCUCUUCCUCCAGAACUACAUCCACCUAGAACGAGCCCCCACCACGAUCACGAGUGGCCUCAAGUAAUCAACUCAAAAUGGCAUCAGAUCUUGACCAGCUGGUCAUGAUGGGGUUUGAUAAAGAACGAGGUGAAAUGGCACUGAAAGACACUGGAGGUUUGGCCGACGCCAUCGACUGGCUAGACAAAAACUCGUCAAAGUCCCUCGACGAGUUAAAGGCUGAGAAAGACGCCGCAGCCGAAGCGAAGGCCCAAGAAGCAGCCGAUCAGGCACGAAGUCUCGUCUGCAACGAAUGUGGAAAGAAGUUUCGAGGAACUGCCCAGGCAGAAUACCAUGCCUCCAAAGCAGGUCACACAGAUUUUGCCGAGUCAACCGAAGAGAUCGCACCAUUGACCGAAGAAGAAAAGAAGGCGAAAUUGGCGGAACUGCGAGAGAAGAUGCAAUCCAAGAAAGCCGUCCAAGCGGAGGAGGAAAAGGUCGCCCAGAAAAAGAAUGAGCAGAUCAACAGGAAGAAGACGAAAGAAUCCGAGGACCUCAAGGAGCAGCUGCGGGUCAAAGAACAGAUCAAGGAGGCUGAAAAGAAGCGGGCAGAGAAGCAAGCGGACAUCAAUGCAAAGAAACGAAUACAAGCGAAGAUUGCCGCUGAUAAGGAGGAGCGAAGGUUGAAGGCGGAGCGAGAAAAGGCCCAGAGAGCGGGCACCGCAAUGCCAGUGGCUGCUGAAUCGGCACCUGCAGCUGCCCCGGCUGCCUCGAAACCUGCAUCAGAGUACAAGGAGACACGACUUCGAUUACAAACAUCUGGUGGCAACAUCAUGAAGACGUUCCCAGUCGAGACGACGUUGUUCGAGGUCGCUGCCGCAGUUGGAGAGGAGACUGGGAGGGAUGUCGAAAGCUUCACACAGAACUUCCCGAGAAAGGAGUUUAACCAGGAGUUUUUCGGAGAGACAUUGAAGGACCUGAAACUAGUGCCCAGCGCCAGCUUGAUUGUCAAGUAGGUGAUCCCAGUCUUCUGAUCCUUCUUCACGCAAAAGUUCUCACGGCGACGGCGUUGGGCAUUCGGUCUGAGCGUUUAUGCUGGGUUACUGCCAUUUCGCAUUGAGAUGAUGCCAGGCGCAGGGCUGACGAAGUAUGAAAGGGAUUAUCCAUUGCCUUGGUAAGCAUCAGCUCGUGUCCCAUCCGGGGCAUUCCCAUACCAACUAGAUAUAUUUGAGUUGUAGAAGAAGCGAUAUUUUUUAGAUCAAAAUUUAAUGUUGUUAAGUGAUACCGAACAUCGCGUUCCAAAUAGACGCGAAUCGGUGGAUGCACGUGCGGGGAUCUGAUGGAGCUCGUCCUGCGUCUUUUUCCUCAACAUUGAGAAUCCAC